AUGAUUGAGACAACAACACAAAACCAAAAAUUAGAAUUUAGUAAAAUUGCAGAACAAUGCAUUAAGUAGUUGGAAUUAUAAAUUGAUGUAAAAUUGCCUAUUAAUUAAUAGAAAUCAUUCGAUCGAAUUAAUGAUGAAAUAGAUACUCUUCUAGAUAUCAAAAUGGCGCCACUUAAUGUUUGUAAGAAAUAAGAUUAAUAGUGUAGCUACAAUUAUUUAUAAGCUCCCUUCCCCAUAAACUGUCAAAAUUGACAUUAAAAUAAAAUUGUCAAAUGAAGUAUGUUGUGGUAGGGUCUCCAAUUAGAUGGAUGAACAAUCUGCUUUGGAAAAGUAAUAAUUUAAUUAUUUAUUUUUUUUAGCUCAAUACUUUAACCUUUAUCUUAUGAAUCUGAAUUGUUAAAAGAAAAUGAAGAACUGAAUAAGCUAUAAUGGAUAGGAUAUUAUGGAGAAAAAAACUUUAAAGUUGGUUAAUGGAUAGCUAAAUGGAAAGGAGACCUUUUAAAUGAAGUGGGAGGAUUGUAUUUUAAUGAUGGUAAGAAAUAAGGUUAGUGGAAAGAAAUUAUAGAAAAUUAUUUGGAGUAAAAAAUUUUUUUUAAUUAGUACUAAUAUGUAGAUUUAUGAAGUGGGGGCAUAUCUUAAUGAUAUAAGGCAAAAUAAGUGGAGAAUUAUUCAUAAUGAUAAAGAGAUGUAAUUUAUUUUAUUCAUAAAUUGAAAAGUGGUGGGGGAUCUUAUGAUAAUGGAGUUAAAACUGGAAAUUGGAUAGAUUUGGAUGAUUAAUAUCAUUCUGGAAAAUAAGUAAUUUAUACUGGUGACUAUAAAAAUGGUUAAAAAGUUGGUAGAUGGGAUAUAAAAUAAAGUGGGGCGAGAAUGUAAAAAUAAUUAUAUUAAUGAUUAUAAAACUUAAAGUGGAGGUGGAAUAUAUGAUAAUGGAGUAAAAAUUGGGAAUUGGGUAAUUUUGGGAGAUUAAUUUAAAGAUGGAAAUGAAAUAACUGAGUGUGGCUAAUAUGAAAAUGGUAAAAAAGUUGCUAUUUGGGAAAUCAAAUGGAAAGGGAAUGAGAAAAUGUAAAAAAUAUUAACAAUAUAAUUGCUAAGUGGGGAAGGUUUAUUUGAUGACUAGGCAGAAGGAGAGUCAGUUAAGAUUGGGAAAUGGAUUGAUUUGGAUGAGGAAUUUUCAUUAGAACAUCAAAUGAUUUAUAAAGGCGAAUAUUAAAAUGGGAAAAAAAUUGAUAGAUGGGAUAUUUGGUAUUGAGAAUAAAAUAACUAAAAAUUUGAAUAAAUGUAAUAUUUUUCAUAUAAACCGCACUAGUGGAGGCGGAUUAUAUGAUUAAAGAGGCAACAAGACAGGAACUUGGGUUGAGAUAUAUUAGGGAUUGUAAAUCAAAGCGAUUUAAAUUGGUGAAUAUUAAAAUGAUAACAAGACUGGAAGAUGGGAUAUUUUGUAAAAAGAUAAAGCCAAUAAAGAAUUUAAAUAAAUGUAAAUUAACCAAUACAUCUUAAUCUAGAGGAGGAGGAUCUUAUAAUUAUGGAGUGAAAAUUGGAGAAUGGAUUGAUAUAGAGAGGUUGAAAAAUGGAUAGCAAGUAUUAUGGAAUGGCGAUUACAGUCAUGGUCAAAGAGUAGAUAGGUGGAAUUUUUGGUGUGUAGAGGAUGAAAAUAAUGAAUUUCUGUAUAAAAAUAUAAAUUUAAAGCAAAGCAGCAUUAAAGGAGGCGGAUUUUAUAAGAAUGGAGUUAAAAAUGGGGAUUGGGUAAAUUUUAACGAGGAGUUUUCUAAAGAAAAAUAGUUAAUUUAUGAUGGUAAAUAUCAAAAUGAUAAAAAAAUUGGAAUAUGGCAUAGUUUUUAAUUUGACAAAAAAAAUUUUUAAUAGAUGUAUAAAAAUAAUAAACUUAAUUUAGUGGUGCCAGAUAUUAUGAUAUCUAAGGGAUUCUAAAAGUUGAGAAGAACAUGUAUAUAUCAUAAUUCAUAUAGCUACCUUACUUACUAAGGAAAUUUAAAAAAUGGUUAUAAAGUUGGUUAAUGGUAAACUUUGUAUGGUUCUCGUUAAAUGUAAUUAAUAAUAUAAAUCAAUUUCUAAGUGGUGGUGGAAAAUAUGAUGAAAAGGGGCAUGGCAAGAAAAUUGGAUAGUGGAAAGAAUCGAGUGUUGAUUUUCCAGAUGAAAUCAUUUAUAUUGGUGAAUAUAAUAAUGAUGGUCAAAAAAUUGGUAGAUGGGAUAUUGAAGUUUGGAAUCAUGAGAAAAAUCAAUUCGGAAAAAUGUAAUAUUUAUUAUAUUAAAUCUAUUGAUUAGUGGUGACGGAUAGUAUCAUAAGAUGACUGAUAGUCUCAAAAUUGGGUAGUGGAAAGAAUUUGAUAGUAAAGAUCGUUCAAUCAUUUAUAUUGGUGAAUAUAAUAAUUAUGGUCAAAAAAUUGGUAGAUGGGAUAUUGAAGUUUAGAAUGAUCAGAAAAAACAAUUCGAAAAAAUGUAAUAACUAAUAUUUAAUCAAAUAUUUCAGUGGUGGCGGAUCCUAUAAUAAUAGUUUGAAGAUUGGGAAGUGGGUGUUUAUCCAAAAGAAUAGAUUUUAUGAAGGGGAAUAUAAUAAUGACAAAAAAAUGGGUUUUUGGAAAAAGUUCGAUGGUCAAAGUCUAAGUCGAUUGCGGUAGUCUAAUUUUCAUAUAUUUAGAAGUUGUAGGUUUUAUGAUUUGAAUGGGAUUAAAAUUUUGAAAGUUUCAUCCAGCUUCAUGCAUAUUGGAAAUUUAAGAAAUGGCAAUAAAAUUGGUAAAUGGUAAACUUGGUUAUAUGAUAAUAAAUAUAUGUAAUAAAUACUAUAAAUAAUUUGCUAGCGGUGGUGGAUUAUACAAUGAAGGAGGAUCAAGUAUUUAGAUUGGGAAAUGGACCAUUAUAGAUGAUAGUAACCCCUCUUAUGUUGGUGAAUUUAGUAAAAACGGUAAAAAAAUUGGUAGAUGGGAUAUUGAAAUUUGGAAUCAUGAGAAAAAUCAAUUCGAAAAAAUGUAAUAUUUAUUAUAUACAAUCUAUUGAUUAGUGGUGGCGGAUCGUAUCAUAAGAUGACUGAUAGCCUCAAAAUUGGGUAGUGGAAAGAAUUUGAUAGUAAAGAUCGUUCAAUCAUUUAUAUUGGUGAAUAUAAUAAUUAUGGUCAAAAAAUUGGUAGAUGGGAUAUUGAAUUUAAGAAAUAUUAGCAACACUAAUUCGAAAAAAUGUAAUAACUAUUAUAUAAAGCAUAUAAUCUUUGUGUGUUAGUGGUGGUGGAUGUUAUGAUGAAAGAGGUAUCAAGGUUGGGCAAUGGAUUUUUAUCGAAGGAUACACCAAAUUUGAGGGAAAAUUUAACAAUGAUGGGAAAAAAAUUGAUUUAUGGUAUCUCAGAGAUUCCCGUUAUGAAAAAGAAGCUAGAGGUUCGUAUUAAGAUGAUAAAGAACAUGGGGAGUGGGAAAUUAAAACAUCUAGUGGUACUGAAAAGGGUUGUUAUUCAAAUGGGAGAAAAAUAGAUAAAUGGUUUUUGGAAUAUUAUGAAAGGGGAUCCAGGCGCUAAAAAUAAAUAUAUUAUUGA